AUGGCGAAUUCUGAGCUCGACAACGCCAUUGCUUUCAGGUUUGCUUUCAUCAUUAUGGGAUGUAUAACGGGUCUGAUUUCCGGACAAAUUCGCUAUUCUGUUCCCGAGGAAGUGGAGAUCGGGGCUUUUAUUGGGAAUAUUGCUAAUGAUUUGAGAUUAAAAAUACCGCAAUUGUCCAAUCGUAAAUUUAGACUCACUUCAGAUGACGGCGGACGGUAUAUGAAGGUAAAUUUGGACAAUGGUAUUUCGUCUGUUCGUGAAAGAAUCGACAGGGAGCUUCUUUGUGGACAAGCAGCGAUGUGUAGUAUUCCUUUUGAAAUAAUGCUGGAAAAUCCUUUGGCAGUAUAUCGCGGGGAAGUGGAGAUUCUUGAUAUAAAUGAUAAUUACCCCACUUUCCGGGACAGCUCUAUUACCUUACAGAUGUACGAAGCUAUUACACCAGGAGUACACUUCCCACUCGACAGCGCGGAAGAUCCGGAUAUUGGAAUAAAUACAGUCGCUGCUUACACAAUCAGUUCCAAUGAGUACUUUAGUAUAAAAGCGCAGACAACUGAGUACGGUGUUGUAAAUACUGAGUUACAAUUAGAGAAACCACUGGACAGAGAGAUGCAGUCAGCCUUUCAGCUAGUCCUAACAGUCACUGAUGAUGGGAUUCCGCAAAAAUCCGGCACAGCUCAAAUUCUCAUUACCGUAGUGGACGUCAAUGACAAUCCUCCUGUAUUUGAUCAUGACAUUUACAAGGGCACCUUAAUAGAAAACUCACCCAAAGGUACCAUGGUGCUGACAGUCAAAGCAAAUGAUUUGGAUGAAGGCUUGAAUGCUGAGCUAACAUAUUCUUUCAGCAAACCAGCUUCUUCAAGAGUUCUAGAAUUGUUCAGUUUGGACCCCCACACUGGGCAGAUUCGAGUUGAAGGAGAACUAGACUUCGAAGAAGCAAGACGUUAUACUCUAAACGUCCAGGCUAUGGAUCACGGAUCACCUGCAAUGGCAGGUCGUUCCAUAGUGUUGAUCAAGAUAAUUGACGUAAACGACAAUGCACCCGAGGUAAAACUGACAUCAGGUACGAGCAAAAUUCCGGAAAAUGCUCCACCGGGGACUUUGACAAGUUUAAUUAAUGUCGUUGAUCGCGAUUCUGGAGAAAACGGUCAGUUUCGCUGUGACAACCCAACGAAUGUCCCCUUCAGACUUCGAAAGAUAUUAACAAAUCAUUAUGAGUUAAUUACCAGUGAACCUUUAGACCGUGAAACUGUCGCUCAAUAUAAAAUGCCUUUUGUAGCCCAGGACUUAGGGUCGCCUUCACUGACCACCAAUAAAACCAUCGAGGUUGUAAUUUCAGACGUGAAUGAUAACGCUCCACAGUUUGGAGCAUCGUCUUACAACAUAUAUGUGAUGGAAAACAACUCUCCGGGCAGUUCUAUUUUCGUGGUAACUGCAAGGGAUCGUGACAUGGAUCAGAAUUCUUAUGUUUCAUACUCCUUUCUAGAGAAUCUUCACCUUGACUUUCCCGUGUCCAGUUACCUCAGCAUUAAUUCGAUGAACGGCACCAUUUACACGCUGCAGUCUUUUGACUACGAGAAAUUCAAAAACCUCCAGAUCCAUGUUCAAGCCCGUGACGCUGGAGUGCCCCCGCUGCGCGGCAGUUGUACAGUAAAUGUGAUCAUCUUGGAUCAAAAUGACAACGCACCGGUAAUUGUUUCACCUUCAUCAGAGAGUGGAUCAGCAGCCGUGCAAAUCCUGCCUCAGUCAGCGGGUCUGGGGUACUUGAUCACCAAGGUAAUGGCAACUGAUGCAGAUUCUGGUCAGAAUGCACGUCUCUCCUAUGAGAUGGUAAAAGCUUCUGAUCCCACUUUAUUUAACAUUGGACAUAAUUCUGGUGAAAUCAGAACAGCGCGCAAAAUAUUGGAGUCUGAUACUACUGCACAAACUCUCUUCGUUUUGGUUAAGGACAAUGGGCAACCAAGCCUCUCCAGCACCGUUACAGUGCACAUUACCGUUUUGGAUAACAUCACUGAAAACGCGAUUGAGACUGGUAACUUAUUGAGGAAUUCUGAACAGUUCACUAAUUUAAAUCUUCAUUUGAUAAUCAUUUUCGGUUGCACUUCCGUUCUCUUUUUUGUGAUUAUCCUUUUGUUAAUUGGCUUCAAAUGCAAGGAAAUUAUAAAUGCCUCCCAAGACUAUAAUUCUUCCAGUUGUUGUGGAGAGUCAAACUAUACGUUGAAUCGAAGACCUGCGUUGGAGGAAACUUUACGGUAUCCCGGGACUGGCCGUAUGGUCCGUGUGCCAGAGGCACACUAUUACUCGGUCUGCCUGUCGCCAGAAUCUGCGAAGAGCGAUUUUCUCUUUUUGAAACCAUGCAGCGCACUGAUGUCUCAGGCCCAAAGCUGA